AUGAAAAGCCACGCCGCAUAUUGGGGGAGACUGCACGUGCCAAUCAGCGUGAAGCACGAAACUCGAGUUCCAAGCGCCCGUGUGACUACUCCACGUCCCAACCGGACCUACUUGCUGCACGUGGCGGGCGUCGUUCGGCGCGGGUUGCCGUUCGGCGAUCUAAUGAACCAGAUAUCCGAGUAUCCUCCGAAGAAGUUCGGCCAUCGUCGAGUGGCCAGCGAUAGCCUGCAGGGGUUUUGUUUCGGCAGCGGCGGCAGCGGGGCGGGCAGCGACGCGAUACUGUCGGACGACAUGGACGUGGUGGCGGCGGCGGCGGGCAAGGGCGUGCACAUGGGGAGCGCCAUGGAGCACGCGCUCUUCGCCGACAUGGUCGACAUAGGCGGCCUUGGAGGCACUGCCUCGCUCGCUAACCCCUCUGCUGCUGGCGGUGCUGGCGGUGCUGCCGGAGGGGGUACGUCGUAUCAGGCCGGCCAUCACCGCGCGGACAGCGCGGGCAGCGGAGGGGCCGCCAGCAGCAGCGGAGGCGCGGGAGCGGUUGGCGGGUCGGCUGGCGGAGGCGGUGGCGUUGCGGGCGGGGGCAGCUGGGCUAGCGGGAGCCACGGCGGCGGUUACGGCGCGCAAGGUGGCGGGCAGACGGGGGCAGUGGGGGGCUAUCAUGGCGGGCAUGCGGGACAUACCGGAGGGGCGCGCGGGGCUCCGGGCAGCAGCGGGGGCGGCGGAGGGCACUCGCGGAGCUUUUCCGUGGACGACGCGUUCAUGUUCAAGGCGGGCCCCAUUCGGGACUCGCUGAGCCCCAUCUGCAGCCCGCUCAACGGCAGCAGCCCUCUGCGGCGGGGCGGGCGGCGCGCGGACGGCGGGCUGUCGAUAAAGGACGAGGUGGACGAGCUGGACGACGAGGACGCCGUGCGGCGCGUCAUGGCCACCAAGAAGACGGCUGCUGAUAACGAGGUCAUCGACGCCAAGAAGGCCAAACGCAUAUUGGCGAACCGGCUGUCAGCGGCGCGGUCCAAGGAGCGCAAGACGAGGUACAUCAUGGAGCUGGAGGAGAAGCUCGCCGCGUACGAGAAGCAGGCGCACGCACUCAAGGCCACACUCUCCAUCCUGCAGAGGGAGACGACAUCACUGGCAGAAGCGAAUGAUGGCAUGACGAAGAAGCUGCAGCUGCUGGAGCAGCUGUACCAGCAGAGCGAAGGCAAGGUAUCUCAUCCAUUGACGUAUUCCCCUGGGCUUCACCUUGCUUGCUUGUCCGUCCUGCGGUGCAUGGCGUGUGUGUGUGCAGUGGAGAACAAGCACUUGCACGACCAGGUCGAGAUGCUGCGAACAGCAGCCGGCUUGCCACCGCUCUCCCAGUUCCCCAACACUGCUGCCGCCUCCAAUUCCCUUGCUCUUGCUACUGCUGCUGCUGGUGCCCAAGGGCCGCCUUCCCCGCUCUCCCCCCACCAGCCUGCAGCUUCACUUGAUGGUCAGCUCGGCCAGCUGCUAAAGCUCUUGCAAGGGCAGCCUCAAGCUGUACAGGCACUUCUGGCCGCUCAGCAGCAGCAGCAACAGCAGCAGCAGCAUCAACAGCAGCAGCAACAGCAGCAGCAGCAGCAGCAGCAGCAACAACAGCAGCAGCAACAGCAGCAGCUUUUGGCUUUGUUGCAGCAGCAGCAGCAGCAGCAACAGCAGCAGCAGCAGCAGCAGCAACCCAAUAUGUUGUUAGGUCAGGGUCAGCAGCAGCAGGGUCAGCAGCAACCGUCAUCUCUCUUUUUGAACCGCAGCCUCUUUAACAAUCUCUCAUGA